AUGUCCAACCCCAAAGUCGCUACUGAUUUCGAUGCAAUAAUUCAGGCUGAUCGACAGCGCAAGAAGAACGAGGCACUAGCAAACGAGAUCUUUGGCAGGAAUAAAGCGAACAAGAGCACCCCGAGAAGCACUAGCAAAGGCUCUUCAAGGACACCCGAUCUUGCGAGUCGCAUAACAAAGCGAUCUUCAUCUGUUGCCAGCACAGGCUCUUCCCGUAACAAUCUAUUCUCUACGUUGUCAAGACCAUCGUCAGCAACCCCUCAAAAUGCACGCUCAUCUCGCCUCGCCUCCGCUCUCGAGUCUUCGCAGGCCAACAUUAUAUCCUCUCAACAAAAACCAAGAGGCCCUGGUCUCAGCAUUAAAGGCAAGGCAGGGCCAUUCGUGGUGGAAGCCAGCAAUUUCGCCCCAGGUACAACCGCUGCCGAUAUCGAAUCCGCUUUACAAGGUGAAACAGUGGACGAAAAUGGCGUCAGUGGGAUGCUCUCAUGUCGACUCGUGAAGACGAGCCCAGUCGUUGUAGCGGAACUGGUGUUUACCGAAAAGCAAAUGGCGGAGCAGAUUAUAUCCACUUAUCACAAUCAAAAAGCCGACGGGCGUAUCUUGCGACUUUCCCUCAAGCGAACCGGUCCCGGUUCUAUCUCGACUUCGCAAUCCAACCAACCGGACACCAGCUCCGCGCCUGAAGCGGUGGAGCCGGAACCACAACCUCAGCCCAGCAACGAGAGCACCAUGGAGGAUGUAGAGAUGGAAACGGAGGGAGUGGCUUCUCAUGACAAUCGACGCAGUCGGGAACCCAGGAACGCCGAAGCGGAUGUUCAAGACGGACGCUAUGGCUUUGAGGAACCGCAGACUUCAGAUACACAUGCACGUCACGCCGACCGGAGGGGGGAAGAUGAUCGACGAGACAGAGACCGAAACUAUGACCGUGACCACGACCACGACCAAGAGCGAGAGCGCGAGAGAGAACGUGACCGGGACCGGGACCGUGAGCGCGACCGAGACCGCGACCGAGAUCGCUAUGACCGCCGCGACAGUCGACCUGCGGGACCCAGCUCCUAUCGUCGCGGCGACAGACCCGAUACCUACAACUCACGGCCCUCGCAUUACGGCAAUGGGGUCGGCGGGACUCCGGGGCCUGGAAGAGGGAUGUUUGGCGGCGGUGUACAGGGACCUUUCCCUCGAGGAGGGGGGCGGAUGUACAGCGACGACAUGAUGCGCGGCGGUCGAAGAGGAGGAGGACCUGGCGGGUUUGGGCCCGGAGGCUAUCCAAGGAGAGGAGGGUACUAG